CGUCAUGACGUCAACCGACGUCUAACGUCAUUACGUAAUGGCGGUGCCCUUGCUACAAUGGAGACUGUUGGUGAAUUGUUAGCCAAGUUACUGUGAAUAGCUGUGGAUUAUUCGUACAGCUGUAAUUGUUGGCAAUUUAUUCCGACGGCUACAUGCUAAAGCAGUCCGGUGCAGCCGGUCCAUCCACCGUUGCCUCUCCUCAAGCAAUGAAGGAUUCCAAGGAGAACUUCUCAAUGACUGGCCAAGCGAAUCUCGAUCACAUCAAGCCAUGCUGGUACUGGGACAAGAAGGAUUUAGCUCACACGCCAUCUCAGUCUGAGGGUUUGGACCCUGGCACAGAGGCCCGGUAUCGCCGAGAGGGAGCCCGCUUCAUAUUUGAUGUGGGCACGCGGCUUGGCCUACACUAUGACACACUGGCAACUGGCAUCAUAUAUUUCCAUCGCUUCUACAUGUUUCACUCCUUUAAGCAGUUUCCCAGAUAUGUGACGGGUGCUUGCUGCCUUUUCCUGGCAGGAAAAGUUGAGGAGACUCCUAAGAAGUGUAAAGACAUAAUCAAAACAGCCCGCAGUUUACUGAAUGAUGUGCAAUUUGCCCAGUUUGGAGAUGACCCGAAGGAGGAAGUAAUGGUUUUGGAGAGAAUCCUGCUUCAAACAAUCAAAUUUGACCUGCAGGUGGAGCAUCCCUACAUGUUUCUCCUGCGUUAUGUGAAGCAGCUCAAGGGGGAGAAGAAUAAAGUGUGCAAGGUGCUACAAAUGGCAUGGACUUUUGUGAAUGACAGCUUGUGCACGAUGCUGUCUCUGCAGUGGGAGCCAGAGAUCAUUGCGGUGGCUGUCAUGUACCUGGCAGGCCGCCUUUGUAAGUUUGACAUCCAAGAGUGGACAGCCAAGCAGUCUUCACGACGCUGGUGGGAGCAGUUUGUGCAGGACGUUCCAGUUGAGCUGCUUGAAGACAUUUGCCACCAGAUUUUGGACUUGUACUCACAAGGCAACAAGCCCAUCCCUCAGCAGAUCCAGGAGAAAGAGCGGGCACCUGCCCCUCCAAUCCCUGCGCCUCCAGUUCCACAGGGACAACCUCCAGCCGCCAACCCUCCUCCCCCUCCACCAAAGAAGACCUCCCCACAGGGUGGCAGCCCUGCACGCCAGCUCAAACGCUCACAUACAUCUCCAAAAGAUGAACCAAAGGCUCCAGAACAAGUUGGAUCAAAGAUUCCUCGACUGGAGAGCCCGAUGCCUCCACUGCCUACGUCACAGCCUCCCCCAGACAGGAAAGCUCCUGCCCCGGCCCCUCCCAUGGAAGCAGAACCAGGAAGUGAAACUGCCCCACCACCGCCACACGCUCCCCCUCCUCACCAGCCGCCUCCGCUACCCCAUCGCCCACCACCACCUCCACCCUCCAACUACAUCAUGUCCACCACCAGCUCCUACAUGUCUGGGGAGGGCUUCCAAAGUCUACAGUCGAUGAUGAAGGCUGAUGGUCCCUCCUACGCCCCCAUGCCACCCAGCUACGCACCGCCAAUACCACCAUAUCACCCACACGUCUAUCCACCACCAGCAGCCCCACCUGGCCCUCCUCCUCCACCACCUUCCACAUACCCACCACCUAGUUUGCCUCCAACUUAUCCCCCUCCUGGCUACAACAGCUACCCUCCUCCACCACCUCCACGGAUGCCACCAGGCCACGUACCUCCUCCAGGGAUAGGCCUUCCACCUGCUGCAUACCCUCCUCCACCUCCUGUGCCCCCAGGACAAUCACAGGUUCCCCUGCCCCCUCCUCCUGGCAUGCCCCUUAAUCGUGGUGGGUGGAUGAGAUGAGAGUGGUAAUGUGAGCCCUGAACUGAAGCUGUGCAGUCACAGCUGAUGAUGGGAAGCUCCCCCCUCUAAUUUUCACUGGUGAGUAACAGCAGCCAACACUGGUCCAGCUUUUUGAGCCCACUUUUGUGAACAGGUCUUGUACACACUCGCAGAGUGCAGUUUUUACGUCUCCAGUGUAACAGCAGUUGCUGGGGUUGUGAACGAAGGCUCAUUAGCAGAUAGACAUGAAAGGGAAAUGUGAAGUGUAGACAGUAUUGUUACAAGAAGUUGAAGGUGGCGCUGUAAGAAGCCUGACAUCAUUUGAAAUAAGUGACUUAAACCUGUUGAGCAAAGCACAGAGGUCAUUUCCUUUUUUCUAGGAAUUAUAAAAUAUCUGCCCUGCAAUAAUUUCUUCUAUUGCCUUGGUUGCCACACGCUUAGACUCUGGAAGGAUGACCUGUGACAUUUUUACCCAGUUUUUUUUACAUUUCCAUCUACAUUCUACCAGAAUGUCAUGUCAAUUGAGCAUCGUCUUCACAUUCCCAUUUGUUAAAUACUGACCAUCACACUCAUUAUGGGGGUCAGUGUAUAUAUACACACACGCUGUGUAUUUAAAAAUGUUCAUGAUUGUACAGUGUGAUGAAACAUGCUGAGAUUUCUUUUUGCCUUAUGAUCUUUUUGAACAUGUUCAGAGAUUUAUUUCUGUUUUCCUUUGGUUUUAGUCAGGCUGCAAUGCAAACAGUAUUACAUCAACAGGAAAGUCAAAGAUAUAUUUGUACAUAUCUGAUUUUCUCACAGGUUUUUAGUUUGCAUUAAUAGGUUUCUUUGUCAUACUGUUGUGUAUUCUACAUCUAGUUUAGAUUUUGUUUUAGCAGCACUUAGGACAAUAAAGACCUGCUUUUUCCCA